AUGAAUUCCUUACUCUGCUUUCACAUCUCGUUCCUCCUUUUUCGAGUGUCCUACGGCAACACGACUCCUCAAAGGUCGGUUCAGAACUGUUCCUGGAUACCGCCAUCUCACAUUGAAGAGAGGAAGAUUCUUUCAGUAACAUCCCAAGAAUAUCACAACCACUCCGUACCCGGCAUACCCGCAGGUACCGCGCAAAUAAUUGUCAACAUUUGCGAAGUAAAUGUCACAUUCACACACCCUGGAGUUAAUGAUACUGUUGUAGUCCAAGUUUGGCAUCCACUUUCAGGCUACAAUGGUCGUUUUGUCGCUGCAGGAGGAGGUGGAUUUGCGCCAGGUGGGGGUGAUAUUGCUCUUGCACCACAUGUUGCACGAGGAUAUGCAGCUGCGUCAACAGAUGGCGGCCUGGGCUACAAUAUGCUCAGUGGAAGAUCGCGGCCUUCAAAGACGAUGGGAUCCAUAAAUGUGGAAAAACUGAGGAAUGUCGCUACUCGAUCGCCACGUGAUGUGGCAACUGUCGGCAAGGCAGUGACAGAAAGUUACUAUGGAAAGAAACUGGACUAUUCUUAUUGGUAUGGCUGCUCUACUGGAGGACGUCAAGGAAUGGAGGCUGCUCAGCGGUACCCGGAGCUUUACGAUGGCAUAUUAGCUGGUGCACCCGCGAUAUUCUGGGACAAGCUUAUUCCUUCAUUGUUUUGGCCUCAAGUUGUCAUGAAAGAAGAGGGGAUAUUUCCUUCUCCUUGUGAGCUCAACGCCGUGACGAAAGCUGGCAUUACUUCGUGUGAUAGAAUCGAUGGGGUUGAAGAUGGUGUCAUCACUGACUUGUCCAAAUGCACGUUUGAUGCCUUCAAAGCCGUGGGGAUGAAGGCUCAGUGUGAUGGAAAAGAGGUUACGAUCACACCCUCUACCGCGUCAAUCGUGAAAAAGAUCUAGGAAGGACCAACUACCAAUGAUGGAAAAAUAUUGUGGGAUGGGCUCACAAUUCCCACGUCUUUAGAAUCUUUAUCAAACUCGUCACUGGCUGAUGGAAAACGUAUUGGCAACCCAUUUGCGAUUGUUGCUUCUUGGAUUCAGGAUUUUAUCAAGGAGGAUGUCAAUUUCGAUCUCGCCAGCAUCGAUCGCACAGCUUUUGCCGCCAUAUUCGCCGAAUCUGUUGCAAAAUAUUCUCACAUAAUCAGUUCUUCAAAAACACACCUUUCCGCACUUCAAAAAUCUGGCACGAAGCUUCUUCAUUGGCACGGUGAAGCGGAUCAGUUGAUACCGUCCACGGAUGCCAGCAGGUAUCGUGAAAAGGUGGAGAAAGUUAUGGGAGGCAACGCAAAAGUCAACGAAUUUUAUCGUUUAUUUCUUGCUCCCGGUGUAGAUCACUGUGGGUAUGGUAGCACUCCUGGUGCUGUACCAAUUGAUCCUCUUGGUGUUUUAAGAUCGUGGGUAGAGAAUGGAACUGCUCCGGAAAUAGUCCUAGCUAGGACACCUGACUGGCUACCAGUACAGUUUACCAGGAAGCUUUGUAUCUACCCACUGGUGGCAAAAUAUCGUGGUUUUGGAGAUUCUACUUUUGCCGAAAGCUUCGAAUGUGUACGUCAAUAA